AUGCCACCACUUACGUAUUAUUAUGAUUUAAUGUCACAGCCAUGUCGGGCUGUGUACAUAUUUCUUAAAAUGACUGGCAUUCCAUAUCAAUCAAAAGAAAUCGCUUUAAGAAAAAUGGAACAUAUGAAUGAUGAAUUUAAAAAAAUAAAUCCAUUGAAAAAAGUACCAGUGAUUGAUGAUUCGGGUUUUAUUCUUACUGAAAGUGUGGCUAUUUUAACAUAUCUUUGUGAUAAAUAUAAAAAACCUGACUGGUAUCCAGUAGAAUUAGAAAAACGAGCACGUGUAGAUGAAUUUACUCAUUGGCAACAUCUAAAUUUACGUUUUAAUGGUACUUCACUUUUUCAAACAAAAGUCAUUAAACCUCGUAUGACUGGUAAACCACCAAGUGAUGUUGAAUUAGAAAAAUGGCAUAAAAACUGGGAAAAAUCAACCAAUAGCAUGGAAAAAAUUUGGCUUGCACGAUCAUCUUAUUUAGCUGGAAAUCAUAUAACAAUUGCUGAUCUACUUGGUAUUUGUGAAAUGAUGCAACCAAUAUCUGCUGGUUAUAAUGUCGAUGCAACGAAAUUUCCUCGUGUACAAGAUUGGAUGGAACGAGUAAAAAACGAAACUCAACCUCAUUUUGAUAAAGCACAUACUAUUCCAAUGCGUUUGAGAGAUACAAUUUUAAAAGAAAAAUCAAAAAAUAUGUUAUUACCACCUUGUUGGACAAUAUCAUCAAAUUCAAUUGAAAAUUCAUCAUCUAUUGAUGAUAUUAUGUUAUCAACAGCAACAACAUCGAAUCAACAUCAACCAAAUUUUUGGUUUUCUGGUAAUCCUAUUCCAUCAUUUUUUUCUUCAUCAUCAUCAACAACAGCAGGAGGUGGUGGUGGAGGAGGAGGAAUAGAUAAAAAUCCUUAUAUACAACAACCAAUGACAAAUAAAAUACUUUUUGAUACAAAUCCAUGUAGUUCAAGUUCGGAAAGUUCACCACCACUAUCUAAUGAUUAUCUUUUAUCACGUUCAAAUCCAUCAACAACAUUAAAUUUAACACAAUUUAAUUAUAUACAACAAAAUCAUCAUCAUCAUCCAUCAUCAAAUGGUUUUCUUCAACGAGAUGAUUGGUCACAAAUACCAAUAGCACAAACAACAAUUUCUCCUACUUCUGCUGCUGCAUGGGCAAAAGGUGUUCCGAUUGAUAAUUCUCAAGCAACACAUUAUUCCGGUAUAGUUAAUGGUAAUGAAUCAAUAAAAGAUAUGAAACGUAAAAGUAGUCGACCGACAUUUACUGGACAUCAAAUAUUUGCAUUAGAAAAAAUGUUUGAAAAUACAAAGUAUUUAGCUGGAACGGAACGUUCACGUCUUGCUUCUCAAUUGGCAAUGAGUGAAGCACAAGUUAAAGUCUGGUUUCAAAACAGACGUACAAAAUGGCGAAAAAAACAUGCAGCUGAAAUUCAUGGUAGCAAUGGUAGUAAACGAGCGAAAAAACGCAAUGAUGAUUCAGUUCCUACUGUCGAAUCGGAUUCAAAUUCGUCUUAA